AUGGCGUGUGUGUCGCGUGUCGAUGGCAAUGCCAAGCCAAAAUCUAUGAGCCGAGCGAAGCAGUGGACCGGCGAGGUGGAAAACCUGUACAGAUUUCAACAAGCUGGAUACAGAGAUGAGCUGGAAUACAAACAGGUCAAACAAGUAGAACGGAUUGACCGAUGGCCUGAAACAGGAUUUGUGAAAAAGCUGCAACGGCGAGAUAACACAUUUUAUUAUUACAACAGAAAGAGGGAAUGUGAUGACAGGGAUGUCCAUAAAGUGAAAGUAUAUACAUACUGA